AUGCUCCGCAUCACGACGGGCGCCGAUCGCGGCGGUAGGGGCGGAACAGACGCGACAGACGACGGGGCUGUCACCUCCCCCUCGCCGUCCCUUUCCCCCUCGCCUUCCCCCCUAUCCCCCGCGCUUUCCCCUUUCUCCCCCACGCCUCCGCCGUUCUCCCCGUCGUCUGCGUCCGCGCAAAUCAGCCGGCGCAGGCUGCACCUGAGCUACGACUUCGACGGGGAGAGCAGCAGCGGCGGGGAGGGCGGCGCAGGCGGAAGCGGAAGCGGAAGCGGAAGCCGGCGUCGGAUGCGCCAGGGGCACCGCAGCUUCUCCCACCGCUCCGCAGUGCUCUCCCCCCCCGAUAUCUCCCCCUUAGGAUCCCCCUCCGUAGGUUCUCCCGCUGCCAGGCCCGCCAGUCCCUUGGGAAGUCCGCGCAGGAGCGCGCUUGGGGGGAUUGGCGCGCUCGGGGAGAGCGCGGGAUUGGCGCUUGGGCCGUUGAAGCUGGGAAGGGGGAGUCCGGGCGAAAGCGCUGUCCGCCCGGCGGACGGAGGAGUGGGGGGGAGGGUCGGCGGAGACGGGGGAACAGGCGCGGAGCGGCGUGACAGCGGUGCCGCGGGGGAAAAGAGCGGGCGGAAUGGAACAGGUGUAGCUAGUGAGGCGAGGGUUGGGGAGGCUGCGCAGAGUGAUGUACUCGCGGGGGAGCAAGAGGCGCAGGCGCAAGGCAAAGCGCAACAGCAAGCGCGAGGCGGGACGGCAGCGGAGGGCGCCUCCGGAACCCCCAAGUCCGUCCCCGCGUCCCCCAGCUGGCUGGGCGGGUUGGCGGGCCUGUUGCUGGGCGCAGGCGGGGGGGAGGCGGGCGCGGCGGAAGAAGGGAAGGGGGAGGCGGGCAAGGGGGAGGCUGGCGCAAGUAAAACGGGCGGGCUGGGCUUGCUGUCCCCGUUUGCGUGGAGGGGAGGGGGGAUGUGGGGGGACGGCGGUAAGGGGAGGGGAGCGGAGGGGACGGGGGAAGGGGAUGGGACGAAGCAGGGGGAAGGGAGGGAGGGCGGUGAAGAAAAGGCAGCAGUUGGGGAGAAGGAGAGAGGGGGCAUGGGGGAGGCAAAGGACUUGGGGGGACACGAGGGCGCAGGGGAGGGAGACGAGGAGGAAGCAGGGGAGGGGGGAGAGGAGCAAGCCGAGGGGGAACUGGAGGGCGCGGGGGGUAGGGAAGCGAAGGAAGAUGAGGAGCGGCGUGUGGAAGGAGGGGCUAGCAGUGGUGAUGCGCGGGGGGGGAGUGCGGAGAGCAGAGGCGCGGGGGAGGGGGUGACUGACGAUGACAGUGACUUCGCGUUCCAGGCAGAGCGGUGGGAAGAGAGGGGGACAGCGAGUGGUGGUGUAGGGGGAGUGAUGCAGGAUGGUGGGGUGGUGCAGGAUGGUGGGGUGGUGCAGGAUGGUGCAGGGAUGGAUGGUGAUCACACGUUAAAUACGGAUAAGACAGACGAGGAUAGGUGGAUAAGUUGCGAAACAGAGCGAGCUGAAGAUGAGAAAGCCGAUAGCGAUGAUAGUGACAGCAGUGAGGAAGCUGAUAACGAGGAUAAUGGGAGCGAGGAGGCUCAUAGUGAUGGCAGUGGGCUUGAGGAAGCCAAUAGCGAGGACACUGGUAGUGAGGAAGCUACUAGUGAGGACAGUGAGAGCGACAAGACUAGUAUGAUGGAUGCUGAAAGUGAGAUGGGGAAUAGUGAGAGCGAGAGUGAGAGUGAAAGUGAGACUAAGAGUAAGAGUGACACUGAGAGUGUUGAGGAGGGAGGCUGUGAGGAGCGCGGGGAGAAUGGGGCAGGACUUCAAGGUAAGAAGGGUGGGGGGGAGUUGGCUGUGGGGGACGAAAUGGAUAGAGAGGAAAGAGAGAAAGAGGAGGAAAGAGAGAAAGAGGAGGAAAGAGAGAAAGAGGAGGAAAGAGAGGAAGAGGAGGAAAGAGAGGAAGAGGAGGAAAGAGAGGAAAAGGAGGAAAGAGAGGAAGAUGAUGAAAGGGAGAAAGAGGAGGAACGAGAGGAGGAUGAAUGGAAACAGCAACCGGAGGAGACAGCACAGGGCGAAAGCGGGAAAGAGGAGGAUGAGGGCAAUGAGGAGAGUGGGGAGGAAGGAGAGGUGAAGGUGGAGGGUACUAGGGAGGCAGCUGUUGGUGCUGGAGAGAGUGAGAGCAGCGAGAGUGAGACCGAGAGUGGGGGAAAUGAGGGGGCGAUUGAGAAUGAGAAUGAGGGGAUUGAGGGGGAGAGUGAGAGUGAGGGCGAGAGUGAGAAGGACGAGGAAACAGAAGGGCAAGCAGAGUGUGAGAGGGAUGGGACCUUGAAAGGUGUUGAAGCGGCAGCACCAAGUACACUGGUGGCUGCGGCUGUGGAUGGUGUGGAACAGCGGGGACAGAGUGAGAAUGAGAGUGCGGAGGGAGCAGAAGGGAGGUUGGAGCAUGGAAAGGAUACGGAUGGGUUGUUGGAUGGUGUUGAAGCCGCAACAGGCGCUGCACCAGUGGGUAAUGUGGGUGGUGUGGAGCAGGAACAGAGUGAGGGUGUUGAAGCAGCAGCAACGGUGGCUGCUGCUGACGGUGGUGCAGAGCGGGAACAGAGUGAGGGCAGCGAGAGUGAGAGUGAAAGCGAGAGUGACGGGACUGAGAGAGAGAGUGAGAGGGAGAGUGGGGGGAGUGGGAGUGGGAGUGAGAAUGAGAGUGUGGAGGGAGGGGAAAGGAGGGUGGAGCAUGAAAAGGAGGGGGAAGAACGCUUGGAUGGUGUUGAAGCCGCAACAGCCGCUGCACUGAUGGGUGGUGUGGAGCAGGAACAGAGCGAGGGGAGCGAGGGUAAGGAGAUUGAGAAUAAGGACAGUGGGAGUAAAUCUAGUGAGAGUGAGAGUGAGGAGAGGGAGAGCGAGAAUGAGAGAGAGGAGGGAAAGGAAGAGCAGGUAGAGUAUGAGAGGGCGGGGUUAUUCUUGAAGGGUGUUGAAUCGUCCACACCAGCUGCACCCGUGGCUGCUGCUGAGGGUGGUGUGGAGCAGAAACAGAGUGAGGGGAGUGAGAGCGAGAGCGAGAGCGAGACCAAGGAGAUUGAGAGUAGAGAUAGUGGGAGUAAUUUGAGCGAAAUUGAGGGAAGUGAGAGUGAGGAGAGUGAGAGUGAGGAUCAGAGUGAAAGAGAAGAGCAGGUAGAGUAUGAGAAGGAGGGGCCUUUGGAUGGUGUUGAAGCCACAACAGCAGCUGCACUGGUGAGUGGGGAGCAGGAGCAGAUCACAACUGCAGCUGCACCGGUGGGUGCUGUGGGUGGUGUGGAGCAGGAGGAACAGAGUUUGGAGAGUGAGAGUGAGAGCGAGAGUGAAGGGACUGAGAGGAACAGUGGUAGUGAGGGUGAGAGCGGGAGUGAGAGUGGGAGCGAGAGUGAGAGUGAGAGUGGGAAUGAAGGGCCGGUGGAGGAUGGAAGGGAGGGGACGUUGGAUGGUAUGGAGAGCUCAGCUCCUCCAGCUGGAUCGAUGGCUGCUGCUGCGGGUGGUGUGCGGCAGGGCCAGAGUGAGGGGAGCGAGAGUGAGAGUGGCAGCGAGGGUGAGGACGGAGAGGAGGGGCAGGUACAUCGCGUUAUGGAACGGUGCUUGGAUGAUGAUGAAGUGGUAGGGUCAGCGGAACUGGUUGCUGCUGCUGUGGGUGGUGUGGGGAAGGCACAGGGUGAGGAGGGGGGUGAGAGUGAGGAGACGAAGGGUGGGGAGAUUAAGAACAAGGAGAGUGCGAGCAAGUUGAGCGAGAGAGAGGGAAGCAAGAGUGAGGAGAGUGAUAGUGAGAGUGAGAGUGGAAGCGUGAGUGAAGAAAACGAGAGUCAGAGUGAGAGAGAGGAGAGUGGGAAUGAGAGUGAGAGAGAAGUGAGUGGGAAUGAAAGCGAGACAGAGGAGAGUGGGAGUAAGGGAGGUGGAGAGAGACAAGGGGAUGCAGGGGAGAUGACUGAACAGGGGAAGGGAGGUGUUGAUGAAGGGCCACAGUUGGAACAAGCAGGUGAAGGGCAGGAUUUGAAAUACACAGGUGAAGCAGAUGGUGAGGAGAGCAGCGAGGAAGAGGGUGCAUCUGAGCGUGGUACCUAUACUCAAGACGACGCCCAUGGCACCCAAGACGACGCCCAUGGCACUCAAGACGACGCCCAUAGCACUGGCUUGGCUGAGCUACCAGAGAGUGCAGCAGUGCUGGAAGUGUUGAGUCCCGUCUAUGCUGCUGCCACGCAUGGCACACCCGCCCUGCAGGCUCCCUGGGACGACCAUGGCAGCAGCUGCUUUGCCUCUGCCUCUGCCUCUGCAUCUUCCGUUGCCUCUUCCGUUGCCUGUGCCUCUGGUGAUGCUGCUCGUGAGAAUGCUCGUGGCUUGACUGGAGCAGUGGAUGCAGCGGCUGAGGGGGAGACGCAUGGUGGGAGGGACGAGGGGAGGGAGGGAGGAGAGGGGGCGGUGCAGGAUAUGUUUGUGGAGGGGGAGCUGGUUGCUCUGGGCAUGGAGGAGGGAAGCGGGGUGGUGGAGGUCGAGGGAGAGAAGAGCACUGUGGAGAGUGAGGGCGUGGGGGCGGCAGUGGAGGGCGAUGAAGGGACGGCGGCAAUGCAGCAGGACAUGUUUGUAGAGGAGGAGCUGAUUUCCCUGGGCGUGGAGGAAGGGGGCAGGGUGGUGGAGAGGGAGGGAGAGGAGCCAGUACAGAGCGAGCGAGUGGGGGAGGCAGUGGAGGGUGAUGCAGUGAGGGCGGCAAUGGAGGGAGAUAGAGGAAGAGCGGCAGCGCAGGACAUGUUUUUGGAAGAAGAGCUGAUUUCCCUUGGCGUGGAGGAAGGGGGCAGGGCGGUGGAGAGGGAGGGAGAGGAGCCAGUACAGAGCGAGCGAGUGGGGGAGGCAGUGGAGGGUGAUGCAGGAGAUAGAGCAAGAGCGGCAGCGCAGGACAUGUUUUUGGAAGAAGAGCUGAUUUCCCUUGGCAUGGAGGAAGGGAGCGGGGCGGUGGAGAGGGAGGGAGAGAAGGGGGCGGUGGAGAGGGAGCGAGUGGGGCUGGCAGUGGAGGGUGGUGCAGCAGAAGGUGCAGUGCAGCAGGACAUGUUUGUAGAGGAGGAGCUGGUUGCGCUGGGCGUGGCGGAAGGAAGCGGGAAAGUGGAGAACGAGGGGGAGAAGAGGGCCGUGGAGAGAGAGAGAGGCGGAGCGGCAGUGGAGGGUGAUAUAGCGAGGGGGGGAGUGGAGAGUAAUGACGAGAGGGAGGCAGUGCAGGACAUGUUUGUGGCGGGGGAGCUGGUUGCUCUAGGCGUGGAAGAAGGGAGUGGGAAAGUGGCGAACGAGGGAGUGGGGGCAGCAGUGGCGAGUGAUGGAGGGCAGGCGGCAGUGCAGGACAUGUUUGUAGAGGGCGAGCUUGCUGGGCUGGGCGUGGAUCGGAAGGAUGGGGAGAUUGAGAGGCAUGACGUCAAACCGGGUGGUGUAGAUGCGAGCAUGAGUCUGGACGGCAGUGUGGGUGAGAGCACAGCGAGUGUGAUGGAGGCGAUGCAGCGUGCUGAUGGUACUCUGAAUGGUGUGGGGAAGAGCUUGAUAGGUGAUGGCAGCACAGCAUGUGUUGAGGAUGUGAGCAGGGUUGCUGAUGGUGGUACUGUGGGCGGUGUGAUGGAGCAAGGGGGAAGGCUGUCUCAGGGUGGAGAUGAACUGGGGUUGCGGGAGGGGGAUAGGGAGGUGAUGGGGGCCGAGGCGGCAAGGGGGGGGAGAGAGGGGCCGGAGAGUGAAGGUGAUCGGGAAGAGGGAGAAGUGGGGGAGGGGAAAGAAGGGAGCGCGGAAGGAGAAGGUGGGGAGCGGGAGGAGGAGGGUGGAGUAGGAGAGGGGAGCGUGAGUGAGGUGAGGGAAGAGGAGGGAGAAGGGAGGGACGAGGUGGGAGAGGGGAGGGAGGAGGAGGGAUCAGGGAAAGAAAGUGAAGGGGAAGGGAAAGUGGGAGGGGAGAGGGAGCGGAAAGUGCGGAAGGCAGAGGAUGAGACGGUGCGUGCCGUGGAAGGAGCGAGUGGACCGAGUGAGGAGGAGGAAGGAGGGCGAUAUGAGGAGGAGGGUUCAAGGGAUGGGCAGGCAGGGGGGAAAGGUGUGUGGGGCGAGGAAGAGGAGGCAGGGAGUGAGAGGCUGGUGACAGAAGAGUCAAGAGGAAGUGAGAGGCGGCAGGUGCAACAGUUGUUUGAAAGCGGUGGGAAGAUGGUACAGGCAGAGAAGGGGAGUGAGAAGAAGCAAGAGGUAGAGAAGGAAGGGAGUGAUUCGCCUUGUGCUCCCAACUCCCCUGCAUCCAUUCCGGAUUCUCCCACCUGUGGCGUUGCUGCCUCCAGCAUUCCCUCUGCCCUCCCUCCUCCUCCUCCACCCCCUCCUGCAGCAGAUGACGUGUGGGUUGACGAGAGCGAGGGGGGGAAGAGUGAAAAAGAGGGAGAGAGGGAGGAGAGGGAAGAGGAGGGAGGGGAAGGAGAGAAGGAGAGUGAAGAGGAGGGAGAGAAGGGGGAGACAGAAGAGGAGGGAGAAGAGGGAGAGAAAGGGGAGAGUGAAGAGAAGGGAGAGGAGGGAAAAAUGGGGGAGAAUGAAGAGGAGGGAGAGGAAGGAGAGAAAGGGCAGAGUAAAGAGCGAGAGUUGGUGCGACAUGAGGAGGGGAGUGCAAGGGGGGAUGAGGCGGGUUUGGUUGAUGGUGGUGUGGUUGACCAGGGACCGGGUACAGGGGGCGAGGAGUGGGUGGGACAGGAGGAGGGAGGGGGUGAAUGCGGAGGGGGUGUACAGCCAGUGGGGCAUGUGGAGAGGCGGGUGCCAGGAGAGGAUGGCGUGAGGCAUGAUAGCAGCAGCGCCAGCAGCACAGUAGGAGCAGCAGCAGUGGCGGCAGCAGCAGCAGCAGCAGCAGUAGUGGUGCCUGGGACUCUGGAGCCUCUGCAAUCUGCUGACAAGUUGCCCGCCUGGCAGCCAGUGGACCAAUCAGAAGACGUUCCCACCUCACACACUCCCUGUGAACACAUCUCCUCUCCCACCAGCACCGAUGCUGCUUCUCAUGCCGAGUCACUCUCUAACGAGGAUGCCACAUCCCCAUCGCUCUUCCCCGAUGCUGACUCCCCAUCCCUCGGCUCUCCCGCUGUCAGUGCUGCAUCUCCUACCACCUCCUCCCCUCUCCUCCAAGACUUGAGCUCCACCCAUCACCCUCACAUCGCCUCCCCUCGUUCCCCCACGUCCACCUCCCCUCAUCUGCCCACCUCGGGCUCUCCGCGCGUCAGUGAAGCUGGGUCCCCCACUUCAGUCCCCGACUCCCCCACCUUUGGACUCGCCAGUACCCCUGCCCCUGCCAGCCCCACUGCUUCUGCCGUUGAGGAUGGGACGAGUGCAGACUCCCCAACCUUCACCGUGGACUCGCCCACAUUUGGGUUUGCUGCCCCCAGCAUUGCAAGGAAGGCAGAAGCAGCAGCAGCAGCAGCAGCGGCGGCGUGGGGGAGUGUCUCUGCAGCAGCGGCAGGCGCCCUCAGCGAUCCCUCCCCUCCCACUGUGGAUUUCUGGCGUGCUGACUCUCUUGACUCUCUUGACUCCGUUGACUCCGCUGACUCUGAUGCUCUCGAUCCUGAUGCUCUUGAUGGGCCUGAGUGUGCUGCCCACAGCAGCGCGGCAGCCCAGGGAGAGGAGGCUGUUCCUUGCAACUAUCCCGCCCUGUCUCAUAAGUCUGUGGAACUUUUUUCGCAAGCACCACAUCUUCCCAUCGUCUGUGCUGUCUCUUCCCAUCGUCUGUGCUGUCUCUUCCCAUCGUCUGUGCUGUCUCUUCCCAUCGUCUGUGCUGUCUCUUCCCAUCGUCUGUGCUGUCUCUUCCCAUCGUCUGUGCUGUCUCUUCCCAUCGUCUGUGCUGUCUCUUCCCAUCGUCUGUGCUGUCUCUUCCCAUCGUCUGUGCUGUCUCUCCCCAUCGUCUGUGCUGUCUCUUCCCAUCGUCUGUGCUGUCUCUCCCCAUCGUCUGUGCUGUCUCUUCCCAUCGUCUGUGCUGUCUCUUCCCAUCGUCUGUGCUGUCUCUUCCCAUCGUCUGUGCUGUCUCUCCCCAUCGUCUGUGCUGUCUCUUCCCAUCGUCUGUGCUGUCUCUCCCCAUCGUCUGUGCUGUCUCUUCCCAUCGUCUGUGCUGUCUCUUCCCAUCGUCUGUGCUGUCUCUUCCCAUCGUCUGUGCUGUCUCUUCCCAUCGUCUGUGCUGUCUCUCCCCAUCGUCUGUGCUGUCUCUUCCCAUCGUCUGUGCUGUCUCUCCCCAUCGUCUGUGCUGUCUCUUCCCAUCGUCUGUGCUGUCUCUUCCCAUCGUCUGUGCUGUCUCUUCCCAUCGUCUGUGCUGUCUCUUCCCAUCGUCUGUGCUGUCUCUUCCCAUCGUCUGUGCUGUCUCUUCCCAUCGUCUGUGCUGUCUCUCCCCAUCGUCUGUGCUGUCUCUUCCCAUCGUCUGUGCUGUCUCUUCCCAUCGUCUGUGCUGUCUCUUCCCAUCGUCUGUGCUGUCUCUUCCCAUCGUCUGUGCUGUCUCUUCCCAUCGUCUGUGCUGUCUCUCCCCAUCGUCUGUGCUGUCUCUUCCCAUCGUCUGUGCUGUCUCUUCCCAUCGUCUGUGCUGUCUCUUCCCAUCGUCUGUGCUGUCUCUUCCCAUCGUCUGUGCUGUCUCUCCCCAUCGUCUGUGCUGUCUCUUCCCAUCGUCUGUGCUGUCUCUCCCCAUCGUCUGUGCUGUCUCUUCCCAUCGUCUGUGCUGUCUCUUCCCAUCGUCUGUGCUGUCUCUUCCCAUCGUCUGUGCUGUCUCUUCCCAUCGUCUGUGCUGUCUCUUCCCAUCGUCUGUGCUGUCUCUUCCCAUCGUCUGUGCUGUCUCUUCCCAUCGUCUGUGCUGUCUCUUCCCAUCGUCUGUGCUGUCUCUUCCCAUCGUCUGUGCUGUCUCUUCCCAUCGUCUGUGCUGUCUCUUCCCAUCGUCUGUGCUGUCUCUUCCCAUCGUCUGUGCUGUCUCUUCCCAUCGUCUGUGCUGUCUCUCCCCAUCGUCUGUGCUGUCUCUUCCCAUCGUCUGUGCUGUCUCUUCCCAUCGUCUGUGCUGUCUCUUCCCAUCGUCUGUGCUGUCUCUUCCCAUCGUCUGUGCUGUCUCUUCCCAUCGUCUGUGCUGUCUCUCCCCAUCGUCUGUGCUGUCUCUUCCCAUCGUCUGUGCUGUCUCUUCCCAUCGUCUGUGCUGUCUCUUCCCAUCGUCUGUGCUGUCUCUUCCCAUCGUCUGUGCUGUCUCUUCCCAUCGUCUGUGCUGUCUCUUCCCAUCGUCUGUGCUGUCUCUCCUCAUCGUCUGUGCUGUCUCUUCCCAUCGUCUGUGCUGUCUCUUCCCAUCGUCUGUGCUGUCUCUUCCCAUCGUCUGUGCUGUCUCUUCCCAUCGUCUGUGCUGUCUCUUCCCAUCGUCUGUGCUGUCUCUUCCCAUCGUCUGUGCUGUCUCUCCCCAUCGUCUGUGCUGUCUCUUCCCAUCGUCUGUGCUGUCUCUUCCCAUCGUCUGUGCUGUCUCUUCCCAUCGUCUGUGCUGUCUCUUCCCAUCGUCUGUGCUGUCUCUCCCCAUCGUCUGUGCUGUCUCUUCCCAUCGUCUGUGCUGUCUCUUCCCAUCGUCUGUGCUGUCUCUUCCCAUCGUCUGUGCUGUCUCUUCCCAUCGUCUGUGCUGUCUCUUCCCAUCGUCUGUGCUGUCUCUUCCCAUCGUCUGUGCUGUCUCUCCCCAUCGUCUGUGCUGUCUCUUCCCAUCGUCUGUGCUGUCUCUCCCCAUCGUCUGUGCUGUCUCUUCCCAUCGUCUGUGCUGUCUCUUCCCAUCGUCUGUGCUGUCUCUUCCCAUCGUCUGUGCUGUCUCUCCCCAUCGUCUGUGCUGUCUCUUCCCAUCGUCUGUGCUGUCUCUUCCCAUCGUCUGUGCUGUCUCUUCCCAUCGUCUGUGCUGUCUCUUCCCAUCGUCUGUGCUGUCUCUUCCCAUCGUCUGUGCUGUCUCUCCCCAUCGUCUGUGCUGUCUCUCCCUUCCCUUCCUCGUCCCUGUUGCAGGCGGACGGCACCUCAGGAGCCUCAACACCAGCCACCUCACAACUUACAUUAUCGUCUGAGCCGCCUAACCAGCAGCCGUCUCUCACCUCUGCCCUCUCACAACCCAUUCUCACUCCUGCUAAUUCCUCCAUUCCUUCUCUCCCCGUCCGCCCCUCCUCGCCUCCCCGCCCCGCCUUUCCCUCCUCUGCCUCCUGUCCCGGCCCCUCCCUCCGCCCCUCCCCCUUUCCCCCCUCCCCUUCCUCCAAACCUCCAUCCCUGCCCCGCCCCUUCCCUCCCUCCAGCCCCCGUUCUCGCCCUUCUUCUCCAUCCCUCCCCCGCCCCUCUUCCCCUUCCCUCCCCCGCCCCUCUUCCCCUUCCCUCCCCCGCCCCUCUUCCCCCUCCUUUCCCCACCCCCCACACUCCCCCUCUCCCCCCUCCCGCCCAUCCAACCUGCGCACUCUGUCUCGCCGGCGCCCCCCCUCCCCUCCAAUGCGCUCCCCCUCUGCGCGCCCCCGUGCCCUCCUUCCUCUCACAGUGGCAGCAGCUGCCUCAGAAGGUACCUCCUACUCCCCCCGCACCUUCCCCAUCCUCUCCCCCUCCGCCUCGCCUCGCACCCGCUCUGCCUCCUCCCCGUCUUCCUCUCCUCCCUGCUCUCCCUCACUCUCCUCUGCUCCUCCUCUCUCCCAGACCUUCUCACUCCCCUCCUUUCUCUCCAACCGCUACCUACCCUCCUCCUCCUCACCCACAGUCACACAUGCACCUGCUGCUGCUGGCUCCUCUGCUGCGGAUUCAGAUCCAUCAUUUACCAACCAACCACCAUUGCUCGUGCUGGACUCUCCACCAUCUUUACUUCCUGCAAAUGAAUCUGAAACAGUACCAGGUGAACCUUCAGGUGAAUUUUCAGGUGUGGGAGGUGGGGCAGCAGCUGGCGGGGUGCGUGACGGGCGAGUGAAGGGGCUGGCAUCCAUGUUCGAAGCCAAGUUGGCAGCCAAGCGUCAGAAGCAGCAAUCAGUGCCGCUGCCCCUCUCCACCACAACCUCCUCGCCUGCCCCUGCUGCACCGUCCCACACCACCUCCCGCUUGCCAUCACCGGACACAGCCUUCCCCACUCCUACCUCCCCCACAGACCCUUCCCUCACAGACCCUCCCCCCACAGACCCUCCCGCCACAGGGCCUCCUCCCUCAGAGCCUCUCACUACAGAGCCUCCCCUCAAAGAGCCUUCCCCACAGAGCCUUCCCCCACAGAGCCUCCCCCCACAGAGCCUUCCCCCACAGAGCCUUCCCCCACAGAGCCUUCCCCCACAGAGCCUUCCCCCACAGAGCCUUCCCCCACAGAGCCUUCCCCCUCAGAGCCUUCCCCCUCAGAGCCUUCCCCCUCAAAGCCUCCCCCUGCAGAGCCUCCUUCCGCAGCAGGGCCUGGGAAGCAGCAGCAGUGGGGGUGGUCCUCCCUGCUCGCCAUGGCCUGGCGCCCCUCCUGGGGCUCCGUUCACACCCCUGCCCCUGCUCCCGCCUCCGAAGCUCUCGCCUCCGAAGCUCCCACCUCCAAACCUCUCACCUCCAAACUUUCCGCGUCCAAACCUGCUGCCUCCGAACCUCCUGCCUCUGAACCUACCGCCUCUGAGCUUUCCGCAUCCGGACCUCCCACCUCCGAACCACCCUCUUCCGAAGCUCCCGCGUUUGAAGCUCCCUCUUACGAACCUCCUGCCUCCGAACCUCCCGCCUCCGAAGCUCCCUGAAGUGGAGAGUGAGCGUGAGAGUGAUGGUGAGGGAGAGGCUGUGAGUGAGGGUGCGAGUGAGGAUGAGCGGGAGGGAGAGGGUGAGGUUGUGAGUGAUGGUGGGGGAGUUGAGAGUAGAUAUGAGAGUGGAGAAAACGGGGAGGUUUUGAGUGGGGGUGAGGGGAUUGAGAGUAAACAUGAGAGUGAAGAAAACGGGGAGGUUGUGAGUGAGGGUGAGGGGGUUGAGAGUAAAUACGAGAGCGAGGAGGGUGAGUUUGUGAGUGAGGGUGAGGGGGCUGCAAUUAAGCAUGAGACAGGGGAGUGCGUGUCUGAGGCAGCGACCUCCGCUGACGUGGAAGAUGACGUGGAAGGUGACGUGGAGGGUGAUGUGGAGGGUGAUGUGGAAGGUGACAUGAUACUUGAUCUGGAAGGGGAGGAGCUGGACGUGAGUCAGCUACAGCGGGAUAUUGAAGCAGUUCUUAAGGAGGCUUUUAAACUGAAAGGGAAGGGGUCGGAUGGGGUGUGGCGAGUGACUGUGGUGCGAGAUGGCAGUAAGGCUGGGAGUGUGGUGGAGGUGGAUGAGGGGGAGGUAGAUAUGGGGGAGGUGGAUGUUGGGGCGGAUGCUGAUGAUGAGGGGGAGGAUGAUUCGGAAGAGGAAGAGGAUGAUGAUAGUUGUGUUGAUGAAAGGGAUGAGGAGGAGGAGGAUGAGGAGGAAGAUGAGGAGGAAGAGGAGGAGGACGAGGUGGAGGUAGAGGAAACGGAAGAAGAGGAAGAGGAGAGCGGGGAGGAGGAGGAGAAUGGGAGGGAGGAGGAGCGUGAAGGGUACAAGCUGGGGUUAUCAGAAGCGGCUACUGUGCAGGCAGCCGCAGGGCCUGCUGUAGCCAUCUUGGCUGUUAGUGCAGCGGGUGUAGUGGCGGGGAGAGAGGGGGCGGAGGAGGAGGGCAGUGAGAGCGAGGAAUUCGCGGAUGCACAGGGCGCAUCAGGGGAGUUCGAGGAAUCAGAGGGAUCAGUGGGGUCAGAGGGGCAUGAGGGGUCUCAGGGGCGUGGAGAGUCAGGAGCAGGAGGGGAAGAGGACGAGAGCGAGGAGGGGAAGGAGACAAGGGGCGACGAUGGGGAGCAGCAGCUCUCCCCCAGCCUGCACAGCCAACCGCCUUCCCUGCCUCCUGAGACACCUGCCCCCGCUGCUCUUGCCUCCGCUGCUCUUGCUGCUGCUGCGGCUGCUGCCACCACUGCCAGCAGCAGUUGUGCACCUGCCACUUCCUCCCCACCUCAUGCUGCCUCCGCCUCACUCCCCACCCCUUCCUCCCCUGCUGACCUCCCCCUGCCUGCUACUGACCUCGCUCUCCCUCAUGCCUCCUCCCAACCAUCACCCCCAGCAACCGCUUCACCACCAUCUGCAGCCGCUGCUGCAACCGCAGCAGUGGCAGCAGCAGGGGUGGUGGCAGCGGCAGCAGGGGUGGCAGCAUGCAGUCAGCUUGGGGAGGGCUCUGCCAGCACAGCCAACGCUGACAGUGCUGGCAGCACUGGGAGGGGUGAGGCCGUGCCGGUGGUGACUGGCAGUGGUGAGAGCAGAAGAGUCGGUGUUGACACGGCUGGUGGUGCCGUUGAACGCGCCACGGAUGCGGUAGGCACCGAAGAGGAAAGAGUCGGUGAUGACGGCAUGGGCGGCAUGAUUGGCACAGGUGGCAACGAUGGCAUGGGCGGCACGGGCGGCAGCAGCGUGGGCGGCAUAGUGAACAUUGAGGAUGUGGACGACGGCGCUUCUGACAGCUCCUCUCUCUACCACGAUGCCCACAUGGGCCGCUUCAGCUCUGCCUCCUCCCUGCGCUCCGCUUCUUUCCGCAGCACCGCCUCUGCUUUUGACGACGCUGCCUCCUCUUUUGACGACAGGGCCAGCACCAUUGCCGGCUAUCAGACCCCGCCCACCUUCCCCCCUUCCCCCGCCUACUCUUUCUCCUCCGCCCCCUCCCCCUCCCGCCUCUCCCUCAACUCCCGCUCCUUCUUCCCCUCCCCGUUCCCCCCGACCCUCACCGCACCGCACCUCUCUCCACCGGAGUCCCCUGCCUCUGCAGCCUCAGAGGCACUCUACUCUGCGCGCGACUACUUCACCCCACGCGCCCAGUCCCCGUCUGCUGCCUCUCUGCGCUCUGACCAGCGCUUCUUCAGCAGCCCGGGCAGCAGCGACGGCUUUCACACGCCUCUUCACACCCUGCAGUCGCCGUCUCCUCGUGCCGGCCUGUACUUGCCCUCUCCCCGUGGCACUUUGCAUGCUCCUUCCCCCCGCGGCAGUCUGCGCUCUCCUUCCCCCCGUGCUAGCCUGCGCUCGCCCUCUCCCCGUGCUGACCUGCGUGCAACAGCCCAGCGAAGCGCCUUCCACACCCUCACUCCUCGCUCCGCUCUCCGCUCCCUUUCUCUGCAACCCGCUCGGCCUUCCUUCGCCGCUGCCAGUGCUGCCGGCGCUCGCAGUCUAGCGGACAGUGGAGGAGGGACUGGAGGCGGACUAGGAAGAGAAGAAGCAGAGGGCAGGGAUACCAGAAGGGAUAUCCGCCGGGAUUCUGGCAGGGAUGGGCAGCAGCAGCAGGACGUGGGCCAGCAAUUAGGGGGAGGGAGGAUGGCGGCAGAGGAGGUGGAGGUGGAGGUGGAGGAGAGCGAGGAUAAGUUUGUUGUGGCUGAGCGGCCUGCUGCUGGCCACUCGCAGCCCGUGCAGGUGGAGCAGCGACAGGAAGAGGCGGAGAGGGAAGACGAAGAGACAGAAGAGGAGCAGAAACAAAGCAUACCGCAGGAAAGGGUUAUUCCAGCAGCAGUUCCAGCCGUGGUCGCUGCUGUUGUUCCCAUUCCUGACGCCCCAUCAUGUGACCCCCCAGCAUCUGAACCCUCUCCCUCUGACCUCCCUGCUACUGAUGCUGCUCCUCCUGAAUCUGCUGCUACCGCAUCAGCUGCUUCUGGAGAAGACGCCAAGUGGAAGCUGCCUGGAAGAAGCCUAUUUGGUCUCUUUGCACGAGGCGCCGGUGGGAAUGCAAGCAGACGCACUGGGGGGACAGAACGUGUGGCGGAGGAAGGAGUGGAAUGUGUGGGGGUGAGGGAGAGGAGCAGCGGUGAUCCGAGAGGGGUGGAGCACGAGGAUGAGUUUGAGAGCGCUCGGGUUGGGCUGAGGGAGGAUGACAUGGCGGCAGGGGAUGAGGGGGACGGAGCUGAAGGUGGGAUGGUGUUCUCCCGCUCCUCUAACACCUCCCGCUCUGCCCUCUCCUCCUCUCGCCCUCCUGCCAUCCUCCCCACCGCUGCCUCUGCCGCUGGGAUCCCUCGGGCCCGGCUGCGGCCUGCUGUGUCCAUCGGCAGUGCUGCUGCCCCAGCUGCAGGGGAAGCUUCUCAGCUCGCCCCAGCAACCCGUGAAGGCCUGAGGCCAGGUGCAGCGGGCGCAGCAGGAAAGAGUAUUGCUGGCAGCAGUAGUGGUUUGGAUGGGUUGAGAGGUGCAGAGGAGUCAGUUUCUGGUAUGGAAAGGAUUGGAGAUUGGGAAGAGGGUGGCGAGGAAGAGGAGGGGGAGGUGUUGCAGGGGCUGCGGGUGAAGAACCGGCAGGGCGAGUGGGAGGAGAGUGAGGACUUCAGGCCGCAGUGCUUGCAGCAGCCACAGUGCAUGCCCUCCCUGCACCUGCCCCGUGAGGGAGGGAGCACGGCGGGAGCUGCUGACGCAGGGGGGAAGCGAAAGCACGGUGGCAGACGAGAGCACGAGACGAGGUGGACUGAUGACGAUGAUGACGAUGACUCGGUAAGAGAAAGGGAGGUGUGUGGGUGGAGUCAUAAGCAGAUGAGAUCAUGA